CCGGUGUGCGUGUGUGUGUGUGCAUUUGGGCAAUGUCUUGCCCAAAUCUUUCUGAACUGCAGCGUUGACUCUCUAGCUCAUGCUCGCUGGGCCUGAGCUGGGCAAGCUCCCUCAUGAGCGAACGUCGGGACAUUGCGGUGCUGCGAACUGUGGCUCGUGGUACGGUCGUCGUCAGCUGUGCUGUCUGCAGAUCAUUUUGGUAGACGCCCCGACUGUGCAUUCCGGCAACUACAGCAGCUGCUGCGAUCCGUAUUCUUCAACCCCAAAACGAUGCGGCCGACCCGGCGUAGAUAGCGCUUAACAAGGUUAGCGCUCUGCGGAGAAACUACCCAGGAUGGAGGUGUUCAACCGACUAAGGACCACAGUUUCGAACCUGAGCACCGUUCUGCCAGGCAACCCGGUCACACGAGAAUACGAAAUCAUCAAACAUGUGGGAAGCGCUGGUCCCGGUCUCCUCUGGAAGAUAUUUCAGGCCACAAAGCGAAGCACCAAGGAGGAGGCAGCUGUGUUUGUCCUCGAGAAGAAGCAGCUUGACCGCUACUCGAGAAGGGACAGGGAACAAGUAAUGGAACUUCUGAAGCAAGGCGUGGCGCAACUAACACGGCUCCGUCAUCCCAGCAUUCUCACCGUUCAGCAUCCGAUGGAAGAAUCAAGAGAAAGCCUGGCGUUUGCGACAGAACCAGCAUUUUGUAGCUUAGCCAACAUACUUGGCGAAACUGAGAACAUGCCUGUUCCACCUCCUCCUGAGCUCAAGGAUUAUCAAUUGUUUGAUGUCGAAAUCAAGUAUGGGUUCUUACAGGUGUCCGAAGGCUUGGCCUUUCUCCACAAUGAUGUGAAGCGCCUUCAUCGUAACCUCUGCCCGCAGUCGAUAGUGGUUAAUAAGAAAGGUGCUUGGAAGAUUGCUGGAUUUGACUUCAGCAUAGGUGCCAACAAUCCACAGGAUCCACAGCCGACGUACCGAAGCCUGAACCUGGAGCCGGACCUACCGCCCAUCGCCCAACCAAACUUGAACUACCUGGCCCCCGAAUGCAUCUUGGCAGACUCCAAUGACACUGCAAGCGAUAUGUUCAGCCUGGGCAUUCUUGUAUAUGCCGUCUACAACAAGGGCGGUACUCUGUACGAUGCCAACAACAGCGUAGCCUCGCUGAAGCAGUGUAUAAACAAGCACUUGAAGCAUCUGUCAUCGGGAAGAUUGAGUGGUCUGCCCGAAGAUGCUAAGGAGCACGUUAGAAUGCUCCUGAGCGUGACACCAGACAUUAGGCCAGAUGCGCAUCAGUUCUCUAAACUAAAGUUCCUGGAGGAUGUGGGUGUCAAGACGCUCCAGUACCUGGACUCCCUCUACCAGUGGGACAACCUGCAGAAGUCUCAUGUCUACAAGGGGCUGCCCCAAGUGCUGGCCCAAAUGCCCAAGCGGGUGGCCCUGCACCGUGUCCUGCCCUGCCUGGUGAAAGAGUACGCCAACUCGGACAUGGUGCCAUUUGUUCUACCCAGCGUGCUGCUCAUUGCUGAGCAAGCCAGCAAGGAAGAGUUCUGCUCCAUCAUCCUGCCGGACCUGAUCCCGAUAUUUAGGCUGAGAGAACCCGUGCAGAUACUGCUGAUUUUCAUGCAAAAGAUGGAGCUGCUUUUGACCAAGUGCCCUCCUGAGGACAUCAAAAACCACGUUCUGCCAAUGAUUUAUGGCUCACUCGAAUCAGAUGCCCAACAAAUCCAGGAACUGUGCCUCAACAUCAUCCCGGACUUUGCCCAUCUGAUCGACUACCCAUCAAUGAAGAAUGCUCUGUUGCCAAGGAUUAAGAGGCUGUGCCUUCAGACCAGUUUCCUCUCCGUUCGCGUCAACUGUCUGGUGUGCCUGGGAAAGCUGCUCGAGCACCUCGACAAGUGGUUGGUGCUGGACGAAAUCCUUCCCGUGCUGCCUGAAAUACGGUCCAAAGAACCUGCGGUCCUCAUGGGAAUACUGGGCAUCUACAAGCUGGCCAUGUCCCACAAGAAGCUGGGGCUCACCAAGGACGUGAUGGCGUGCAAAGUGAUCCCAUUCCUGAUGCCCCUGACCAUAGAGAAUGGGCUGACGCUCAACCAGUUCCAAGCCAUCAUGGGCGUCGUCAAGGACAUGAUCGCUGCCGUUGAAACAGAGCACAAAGCCAAGCUGGAGCAGCUCAACUCCAUCAAGCAGGAACAAAGUGCCGCAAUGGAGAUGACCAAUCCCAAUGAAAUUGUUCCUGGUCUCACCCUGUCGAACAAAGCCAACUCUACGACUAGUAAUGUCUACGAUGACCUGGGAAUUUCUAAUUUCUCAGCAUCGUCGCCAAAUGCCAAUGCCACCAAGUCGCCUACGCAGAAAGCUAAGCAGCAGUCUCUCUCCAUGGAAGAAAAGCAGAGGCUGGCCCGCGAACAAGAGUUCCAGCAGCGCAUACAGUCGCAGCCGUCCCUGAUUCCUGCUAAGCCCGCCCCUACACGACCAGCACACGAACCGAAGGACUUGACGUCCACCCUGAUUAGCUCUAACCUGGCCUCUCUCAACAUCCGGAGCCCAACUGGAUCCAAUCCAUUUGGGGGUUCACCCGGCUUUGGAUCAUCUCCCGGUUACGGAUCCUCACCUGCUGGCGACUUCCCCUCAGCCGGUCUGUCUCCGGCAACGCCUCAGUGGGGGUUCCAGAGCGGCCAGCAGGCAGCAGCAUCGCCGAUGACCGCGCGCUUCGCAACGCCACCACAGCCGCUCAAUAGGCAGCAGCCACAACAACAACAGAUCAACACGUCUGCUUUCGACAACUUGCUGCCUCGUCUGGGAUCAGGGCCUCAGAUGGGUGCACCGCGACCCAAGCUCAACCAAAUGGCACCCACAAAUGUGCCCACAAACAACUUUGGCAACUUUGUCGGUGCGCAACCACCGGUGCAAAAUUCGAUGCCUGCCUUCGCUGCACCAGUCAAGCCCUUGUCCAAGAGUGAAAUGGAUGACCUUCUUAGCUGAGUCGUCGCGGCAAAGAACUGCCAGCACUUUCUGGGACACAGUUAGGGCAUCGUAGGCGCAAAUCGAGUUGGCCUACGAUAUAUUGCUUGCAGCAGUGCACGGUCCUCUAAGGUUUGCGAUCUGGACUACAUUUGCGCCAGUGCCAGUAAAGCAUGGAAGUCAAUUGUAGAUGGUGAAGUGCUCUGAAGCAUUGCUUGUUUGUGUGCAGCAGCUAUUUGAAGGCAACCUGCUCAUGUGCUGCUUAGUACUAUGCCUCCUCACCACAGUUCCACCAAGCACCAGUUUUGGACACUCAACUGCAUGUGUCUGUGUACCAUGUGCAGAACAAAGAAGCAGGACAUGCAGUGGAAACUUGUUUGCCAUGCAUUCAGUAGGCACGAGCAACAGCAGCAGCAUUGUGGUGUUGGUCAAAACAUUUUGGUGAGCACAACGGGCACAAACCAUGUGAUUUCACACGGGGUUCUAAAUGAAUUACAGGCUUGAUCCUGUGUUUUAUCCAGCUGAAUUUAUUGUUCUUUAAUUUUAGAUGUGUAAAUUAAAAAAGGAAA